UCCAGGAGGCAGGGCGCAGACGCCACCUUCUCAGCGGCCAGAUCCGAGCAUGCGACCGGAGCAGGGACAGGCUCGGCCGGAAACGGCGCUGGAGGAGGGCGCGGCACGCAGGGGAAGCGCGGCCUCGCCCCUUUCCUUCCCUCCUUCCCGCCGUGUUCAACCUGCGCAGUGCGCUCCCCGGGCGGGUCAGCCUCAGCUGGCUGCGCACACCACCCGCCCGGCCGGCGGAGUCCAGUCCGCACCGGCCAGGGCGUCUACACUGCGCACACCACCUGCCCGGCCGGGUCCGCCCCGGUCAGGGCGUCUACACUGCGCACACCAGCCGCCCGGCCGGCGGAGUCCGGUCCUCACCGGCCAGGGCGUCUACACGCGGACACGGUGACGCCGCGGCCGGCGGGCGCAGCCAGCGCUCGUGACCCGAUGAGCGGGGCCGCCGCCGCGCCCGCGCCCUCCGUCUCCGGGGGCCCCUCCCGGCCCCCUUCUUGGCCGCUUCCUACGGCGGCACCUCGGCUCCCGGUUCCUGCGCGCCCGCCGUCGUCAAGGCGACCGCGGCUUCCGGGCGUCAGGCGUGGCGCCGCUUCCGGCGGCGAUAGGGACGCGCGCAGAUCAACGGUCGUGCGCCGGCCGGCCCCGCCCCGGCGCGGCGUUGGGGACGCGCAGAGCUUGGCGGCGUGGAGGCGCGUGGUGUGGCGGCACGGCGGCGGGAGCUAGUGGUGCCUUCGUCAGGAGCUUGAUCUUCCGUCACGGGAGGUAAGCGACCAUGGUGCUCGGUAGUUUGGACAAGAUGGUUCAGCUCCAGAAAAACACCGCCAACAUCAGGAAUAUCUGUGUUUUGGCUCACGUGGACCAUGGAAAAACGACUCUGGCUGACUGUCUCAUAUCUAGCAAUGGGAUCAUCUCCAGCCGCCUGGCAGGCAAGUUAAGGUACAUGGACAGCAGAGAAGAUGAACAGAUCCGAGGGAUCACUAUGAAAUCCAGUGCCAUUUCACUCCAUUAUACAGAAGGUCGCGAGGAGUACCUCAUCAACCUGAUCGACUCCCCGGGGCAUGUGGACUUCUCCUCGGAGGUCUCCACAGCCGUGCGCAUCUGCGAUGGGUGCCUCAUCGUGGUGGACGCAGUGGAGGGAGUCUGCCCGCAGACACAGGCAGUUCUGCGACAAGCCUGGCUUGAAAACAUCCGUCCAGUUUUAGUGAUUAAUAAGAUAGAUCGCCUGAUAGUGGAACUGAAAUUCACCCCCCAGGAGGCCUAUUCUCACCUCAAGAAUAUCUUAGAACAGAUUAACGCACUCACAGGAACUCUUUUUACUUCUAAAGUCCUAGAAGAAAGAGCAGAAAGGGAGGCUGGAUCCCAGGCGAAUCUAGACCCUGAACAAGGGGAGCAGGUGUAUGACUGGAGCGCUGGCCUGGAGGACUCCGAUGAUUCCCACCUCUACUUCUCUCCAGACCAGGGAAACGUGGUGUUCGCAAGUGCGGUGGAUGGCUGGGGCUUCUCAAUUGAGCACUUUGCCGACAUCUACAGUCAGAAAAUUGGCAUCAGAAAGGAGGUUCUUUUGAAAACCUUGUGGGGAGAUUACUACGUAAAUAUGAAGGCUAAGAAGAUUAUGAAGGUUGACCAGGCAAAAGGAAAGAAACCUCUAUUUGUACAGUUGAUCCUGGAAAAUAUAUGGAGUUUGUAUGAGGCCGUCUUGAAAAAGGACAAAGAAAAAAUUGAUAAAAUCGUGACUUCUUUAGGAUUAAAAAUUGGAGCCCGGGAGGCACGGCAUUCAGAUCCUAAAGUUCAAAUCAAUGCCAUUUGCAGUCAGUGGCUACCCAUAUCCAAGGCUGUUCUUGCUAUGGUGUGUCAGAAACUUCCUAGUCCCCUUGAUAUUACAGCUGAGAGAGUGGAGAAACUGAUGUGCACAGGAUCACAAACGUUUGACUCUCUUCCACCAGAAACUCAGGCACUGAAAGCAGCCUUUAUGAAAUGUGGAAGUGAAGAGACUGCUCCAGUUAUUAUCUUUGUUUCCAAAAUGUUUGCAGUUGAUGCUAAGGCUUUGCCUCAGAAUAAGCCAAGACCUCUCACUCAAGAAGAAAUUGCUCAGAGACGUGAGCGUGCGAGGCAAAGGCAUGCAGAGAAGCGCUCAGCCGGGCAGGGGCAGGCGCCCUCAGAGCCCACCCAAGAUGGGAGUGCCCUUGAAACAAGUCCAGAGGGAGGAGAACCAAAAGGUGAUGAGCAACAGGUGGAGAGUGUGACCCCUAAGCCUGUGUCCCAGGAAGGAGACAGCCAGGAGUCUUUUGUUGCAUUCGCUCGAGUGUUCAGUGGUGUGGCUCGAAGAGGAAAGAAAAUUUUUGUCUUGGGGCCCAAAUACAGUCCAGUUGAGUUUUUGCAGCGGGUGCCCUUGGGCUUUGCAGCCCCGCUGGACGACCUGCCCCCGGUCCCCCACCUGGCACGCUGCUCUCUGGAUCACCUGUAUCUUCUCAUGGGAAGGGAGCUGGAAGCUCUCGAGGAAGUCCCUCCGGGAAAUGUGCUGGGAAUAGGAGGCCUUCAAGACUUUGUGCUGAAGUCUGCAACGCUGUGCAGCUCACCGUGCUGCCCGCCAUUUAUACCACUCAGCUUUGAAGCCACCCCUAUUGUGAGGGUUGCUGUUGAACCGAAACACCCAAGUGAAAUGCCUCAGCUCGUCAGAGGAAUGAAGCUGUUAAACCAAGCGGAUCCCUGCGUCCAGGUUUUAAUUCAGGAGACAGGAGAGCACGUCUUGGUCACAGCAGGGGAAGUCCAUCUUCAGCGAUGCCUGGAUGAUUUAAGAGAAAGGUUUGCAAAGAUUCAAAUCAGUGUAUCUGAACCCAUUAUUCCAUUCAGAGAAACAAUCACAAAACCCCCAAAAGUUGACAUGGUCAAUGAAGAAAUAGGCAGACAACAGAAAGUUGCGGUCAUACACCAAACAAAAGAAGAUCAAAGCAAGGUUCCUGAAGGAGUCCCAGUCGACUCUGAUGGACUGGUCACCAUCACAACUCCCAAUAAGCUCGCCACACUCCACGUUCGAGCUGUGCCCCUUCCAGAAGAAGUCACGCAGAUUCUGGAAGAAAAUAGUGAUUUGAUUCGUUCUAUGGAGCAGUUGACAUCGUCUUUGAAUGAGGGUAAAAAUACUCACAUGAUUCACCAGAAGAUCCAAGAGAAAAUUUGGGAAUUCAAAGGAAAACUAGAGCAGCAUCUAACAGGAAGAAAGUGGAGGAACACUGUUGACCGAAUCUGGUCAUUUGGCCCAAGAAAAUGUGGGCCAAACAUAUUAGUAAAUAAAAGUGAAGACUUUCAGAGCUCAGUCUGGACAGGCGCAGCUGGCAAGGCUUCAAAAGAAGCCAGUAGAUACCGAGAUUUGGGCAAUAGCAUCGUGAGUGGCUUCCAGCUGGCAACGCUCUCUGGCCCCAUGUGUGAGGAGCCUCUCAUGGGCGUCUGUUUUGUUCUGGAAAAAUGGGACCUGAGUAAAUUUGAGGAACAAGGAGCAAGUGAUAAGCGGACUCAAGAGCAAAGUGAUCUGGAGCAAGAGGGACAGGGAGAAGGUGAAAACCAACAGCCACAAAGUGGCUGCUCGGAGCCCCUUGAGAAGAGGGCUUCCCCAAAGGGAGAGCCUGCCCUCGCUGACUGCUACGGACCCUUUUCGGGACAGCUGAUCGCCACCAUGAAGGAAGCAUGUCGCUACGCCCUGCAGGUGAAGCCACAGCGUCUCAUGGCGGCCAUGUAUACCUGCGACAUCAUGGCCACCGGUGAUGUGCUCGGUCGGGUCUACGCCGUGUUGUCGAAGAGGGAAGGUCGGGUACUUCAGGAGGAGAUGAAGGAGGGGACGGACGUGUUCACCAUCAAGGCGGUGCUGCCGGUGGCUGAGAGCUUCGGCUUUGCGGAUGAGAUCAGGAAGAGGACGAGCGGCCUGGCCAGCCCGCAGCUGGUGUUCAGCCACUGGGAGGUCAUUCCCAGCGACCCCUUCUGGGUGCCGACCACUGAGGAGGAAUACUUGCACUUUGGGGAGAAGGCUGACUCGGAGAACCAGGCCCGGAAGUACAUGAAUUCUGUGCGGAAGCGGAAGGGGCUUCAUGUGGAAGAAAAGAUUGUGGAGCACGCAGAAAAGCAGAGGACCCUCGGCAGAAACAAGUAGCUGUCACCCCUGGAGGGUCCUUCUCUUUCCAAUAAAUUAAAAAAUGUCGCCCAGGUUUGACACUGGGACGAUUUCUUUA